AUGGAUAAGGUGGAACAACGUAAUAUCGUUGUCAUCGGCGGUGGAAUCAUUGGGUGCAGCACUGCUUAUUACUUGUCCAGGCACCCAUCAUAUUCCACCUCCACAACGAAUAUUAUAGUUCUCGAAGCCUCCGCAAAUGGCGUUGCGCAAGGAGCUUCUGGAAAGGCUGGUGGGUUGGUUGCUAAAUGGGCAUAUCCACGUGAAAUCGUAGAUAUCUCAUUUCCCGAGCACGUUAAGCUCGCUGAAGAGCAUAACGGUGCCGAAAGGUGGGGUUGGAGAUUCAUUGGUUGUGGUAGUUGGGAGGGGGAGGGGGAGGCGCUCGGCGAGAGUGGAUCUGGUGUUGGCAAGGGAGGUAAACGAAAGAGUUUAGAGAAGACACUUGGUUUUGAGGCUACUGCAGCACCGGAAAGCAGGGCGGACAAAGGGCUGCCUGACGACUUGACUUGGGUCAAGGAGGAAUUAACCACAUCGUAUAGCCCAAUGUCUGGUCCAGACGGAACAGCACAAGUUCACCCAUAUUUAUUCACCACAAGUAUGCUUGACCUCGCAAAGGAGAAAGGAGUCCAAUUGAUAAAGGGAACUGCCAUCUCCGUUGAACAGGUCAACCAUCAUGUCACGGGCGUCACUUAUCGUGAUCGGUCCGACUCCGGUCGCAUUCAAACUCUCCCUGCAACGCAUGUAGUGUUAUCGGCUGGAGCAUGGUCGCCAUCCGUUAUACCGUCACUUCCAAUUGCAGCUACUCGUGCUCACAGUGUUACUAUCCGUCCCAAGGCUGGUGUUACGAUAUCGCCCUACGUGUUAUUCACAGAAAUUUUACUUCCGCAUUCUCACAGCGCCUCUCCCGAGAUAUAUGCGCGCCCAGACAACGAGGUGUAUGUCUGUGGUCCAGGAGAUGACUCAAUAUUGCCUGGCAACGUAGAUGACGUUGAAAUCGAUCUAGCGGCCUGUCAAAGUAUAACAAACCAAGUUGCUAGCAUCUCCCAGGAGCUGAGAGAGGGAACAAUCAAUAAGCGCCAAGCGUGCUUUUUGCCGGUGGUACGUACCGGUGGGGGGCCCAUCAUCGGGGAAGCAGACAAGAUUGCCAAAGGUUUAUAUAUUGCAACCGGUCAUACCUGCUGGGGCAUUUGCAAUGCACCUGGGACAGCCAAAGUAAUCGCAGAACUUAUCAUGGGGACAAGAAAGGCUCGCUCGGGCAAUUUGACAAAAUUGGCACCGUCGAGGUUCUUGUAA